GGCCGGGCCGCGCGACUCGCGCCCCCCGCCGGGUCCCCACCUCCGCGCCCGCCCCGCGGGCUGACCGGCCGACCGGGGCCCGCCCCCGGCGCCCACCAUGUACGCCUUUGUGCGGUUCCUGGAGGACAACGUCUGCUACGCGCUGCCCGUGUCGUGCGUGCGCGACUUCAGCCCCCGCUCGCGGCUGGAUUUUGACAACCAGAAGGUGUACGCCGUGUACCGGGGCCCGGAGGAGCUGGGCGCCGGGCCCGAGAGCCCCCCGCGCGCCCCCCGCGACUGGGGCGCGCUGUUGCUCCACAAGGCCCAGAUCCUGGCGCUGGCAGAAGACAAAUCUGACCUGGAAAACAGUGUGAUGCAGAAGAAAAUAAAAAUCCCCAAACUUUCUCUCAAUCACGUAGAAGAAGAUGGGGAGGUUAAAGAUUAUGGGGAAGAAGAUUUACAGCUUAGACACAUCAAGAGACCCGAGGGGCGGAAGCCGAGCGAAGUGGCGCACAAGAGCAUCGAGGCAGUGGUGGCCCGGCUGGAGAAGCAGAACGGCCUGAGCCUGGGCCACAGCACGUGUCCAGAAGAGGUCUUCGUGGAGGCCUCGCCGGGCACAGAGGACAUGGACAGUCUGGAGGAUGCCGUCGUGCCCCGGGCUCUGUACGAGGAGCUGCUGCGCAACUACCAGCAGCAGCAGGAGGAGAUGCGGCACCUCCAGCAGGAGCUGGAGCGGACUCGGAGGCAGCUGGUUCAGCAGGCCAAGAAGCUCAAGGAGUACGGGGCGCUCGUGUCCGAGAUGAAGGAGCUCCGGGACCUCAACCGCAGGCUGCAGGACGUGCUGCUCCUGAGGCUUGGCAGUGGUCCCGCCAUUGACUUGGAAAAAGUAAAGUCAGAAUGUCUCGAGCCCGAGCCGGAGUUACGGAGCACUUUCAGUGAGGAAGCAAAUACGUCGUCCUAUUACCCCGCUCCUGCACCUGUCAUGGACAAGUAUAUCCUAGACAAUGGCAAGGUCCAUCUGGGAAGCGGGAUUUGGGUUGAUGAGGAGAAAUGGCACCAGCUACAAGUAACCCAAGGAGAUUCCAAGUACACAAAGAACUUGGCAGUCAUGAUUUGGGGAACAGAUGUUCUGAAGAACAGAAGCGUCACAGGAGUUGCCACAAAAAAAAAGAAAGAUGCAGUCCCUAAGCCACCCCUCUCUCCUCACAAACUAAGCAUUGUCAGAGAGUGUUUGUACGACAGAAUAGCACAAGAAACUGUGGAUGAAACUGAAAUUGCACAGAGACUCUCCAAAGUCAACAAGUACAUCUGUGAAAAAAUCAUGGAUAUCAAUAAAUCCUGUAAAAAUGAAGAACGGAGGGAAGCAAAAUACAAUUUGCAAUAAACUUUGAAUUUUUCAUAAA